UACCUGUUUUCAGCGAGGCCCUGAAGGCACCACGAGAAGUGUGUGUGGUUUGUGUGACAAAGGUGACAGCUUCACAGAUCGGUCCACUCACUCUUCGUGUUCAGUCAUCAGUUUGCUGUGUCUAAGGAGGAGAAGGUCUCUGUUUGCUCCAACAUGAGUGAAGAUAGCAGCGCUCUGCUCAGCAGGCUGCAGCAGUUGCAGUGUCACUUCACCUGGGAUCUGGACGUGCUGGACGUGGACCUGGAAACCCUGUGCAUCCGACUACAGAUUGACAUAGAUUUUCAUCAGAGUCAGCAUGAGGGAGAGAGUUGCACCUACAGCCUCUUGGCUUAUUUCAGGCAUCUUCAGGAUCAACAAGAGGAAGCGCUGUCACUUUUAAACCAAUCAGAGAAGACCAUCAGGGAGAGUUAUGGUGAUGAGAGUGAGAAGCGGCUGAUUGUGACGUAUGGAGACAUGGCCUGGCUGAAAUAUCAUCAUGAAGACUUUGCACAGUCACAAAGCUACUGUCAGAGAGUCGAGGACAUACUGGUGAAGUAUCCCACUGGUUCAUCAGCAAGUCUCCUUCCAGAGGUGUACGGGGAACAAGCCUGGACCUAUUUCAAGGUGUCGAGGUCUUUUCUCUCAGACGCCAUCGACUGUUUUCGUAAAGCACUUGAGGUACAGACUCGUGACACCGAGUGGAAUGCCGGCUACGCCAUCGCCCUCUUUUGCAAAGAACAGUGGUUUGCAGAAAACAAACAGGAAGAUGAGGAAUCCCAGGCCACCAAACAGCUUCGCUUUGCAUUGGAGAUCAGCCCAAAUAACGCUGCUCUGCAGUCUAUGCUGGCUGUGAAGCUGGGGGCCUAUAAGAAAUACGAAGAGGCUGAUGAUCUGGUGAUGAAAGCACAAAAAAAUGAUCCUGACAACCCUCAUGUCAUUCGCCACUCAGGAAAUUACUUACUUAAUCGGAAUCGACUGGAUGAGGCUAUUGAUGUGAUUAAGCGAGGCCUGAGAAGGGGCGAUCAAUUACCUUCCUUCACCUACCAGCUGGCUAUGUGCUACAAGAAGAAGAAAAUUGCUGAAGAGCGCCGCGGGCCCUGCAGCAACACAGAAGAGGUGGGUAAGUGGAGGCGUUGCUGUAUCAGUCACCUUGAAGAUGCUGUGAAGAUGAAACCAUCCUUUGUCCGGGCGUGGGCUGAACUGGCACCGUUGUACGCAGAGGAAGGGGAUAUGAGCAGGGCUGAGGAGACUUUCAAGCAGUGCUUGGAGAAGUUACCAGAGUUGAAGGAGAAAAGAGUUUGUCAGAUUAUCCAUCAGCACUACGGUGACUUUCUUCAUGAUCACAAAAAAAAUGAGGCUCAAGCCAUCGCUCACUAUACCAAGGGGCUGCUGAUACCACUGAAAAAAUAUGAGUGGAGACAGUGUGCUAAGAGACUGAAGCAGAUCGCUGAGAGACGUCUGGCAAAGAAUCCAGGUGAUGGUGAAGCUCUCGCUCUGCUGGGUCAGGUGGCCAGAGCUGAGGGCGACAGCAAGGAAGCUGCUGAAGUUUUAUAAAGAAGCUCUGAACUAUGACAAGGACAAUGAAGAUUAUCUGCCUGCUCUGUGUGAGCUGCGCCUGGAGCUGCAGGGAUCAUCCUCUGAUUAAUCAGGAUCAAUGCAAAAACUGGCUAUAACUAAUUCUUACAACCUUACAAGGAGCCAAAAAGUAUUUGUGAUCUUGUUUAGAGAGCGAGACACUCAGAGAGAGCAGGAUGGAAUUAAUUUUUUACAAUAUGUAUUUUAUCUCUUAGUUUCUUAGUUAGUUCAUCUUCUUUUGCAGUUUCAUGUGAUCAGUGCUUAAAUAAAGGUUGUUGUAUAUAUGCUUUAAUUCAUGUAGUGUAAAUGCUUUGUCUUGGUUUAAUAUAAGAAAAUCCUUCAAUAACAUUCUUACUCAGUUGCUCUUGUUUUAAGAUAUUUUCCCUUAAAGCGAGAAAGAAGUAGAGACAUUUUGAGUUUAUUUGACAUAAUUUCUGAUUAUUUCUCACUUCAUUAAAUGCAAGACGUUGGAAGUAAUGAUGUAGAAAUACUUGGUGUCACAGUGUUUAUGCAUAUUAAACAGUGAUGUGUGUACUUCCAUACUCUCUCACACAGUUUUCCUCCUACUGAUUAAAAAAAUGUCAGUAA